AUGCUGCCAAACCGAUCUCAAGAUCUACAUUACGACAUUGACUGGAACAUUACACAGUACCAGACAACCGGUCAGUUUGAAGCGUUCUUCGGAGUUUCGACAACGGUCUGCACGGUGACAAUUCUGUUCUACCUGCUCUUGAUCAUGAUUCUGGCACGUAAGACCAAUUUAUUAAGUGGCUCCAGUUUUUUAAUCAUCCACCAACUGACGAUGGAAAUUCAGAUCAUUGGCAUUCAUUUCCCCAUCUACAUCGGGGGACUGCACCAGGCCAUCUACCGUAAAGUGCGCUACACCGACGAAUUCUGCCGACAUUACAUGUACGCCUUCAUGAUCACCGUCACCGCUGUCCAAUGGGGAUUCUUCAGUCUGGCUCUGAACCGCUUUGUCGCCAUUCACAGUCCGCAUAAUUACAAAAAGUGGAUCGCCAAGAAAGUGCUGUGCGCCAUGGGUGCCGGGUCGUGGAUCAUCGGAAUCGCCUGCUACAUGUAUUUCUACCUGGGUAAUGAAGGGAGUUUUGUAGCAUUGGUGCCCUACGGAGAAUGCGAUUUCGGGCAUGCUGGUGGUCCGGUGUUCGGUAUUAUGGCGGUGAUCAGCACGUACCUGCCGUUGUUCCUCACCGGUGUGUUGUACAUUACGCUAUUUGUCAAGGUGUAUCUGAUUGGACGCAAUCGACAAGUGGCGACGGAUAAAACGCAGAAAGACGAUGUCCGCCUGAAAGCCUUUAAGAAACGUGUCCGAUUGGCGCGAUUGCUUUUCACGACGACCAUUGUGCAUACAAUCUGCUUUGCCACUAUUCCCGUGAUGUAUACGGCCAUGCCGGAAAAAAUGCAAGAUCAGGUCAUUCGGGAGUGGGUACGGCUGGCCUAUUUCUGUGCUUAUGUGUCCACACCGGUGCUUUACUUUACGAUGAAUGCUGAUGCUUGGAAUGGACUGAAGAGUAUGUUAUGUGGAUUGGGCCGACGAGGAGUUCUCCGCGAUGAUAGCCACCAUGGAACGGCGAUUGACCACAGCAGUAGCGAACGCAGCCCAGAUAAAUCGAAAAGCGCUACAACGAAGGAAGUCGUGAUAAUGGACUCAUAAACAAUCUAAUGCUUUUAAAUAUCAUUUCGCACAUUAAAGUUAACUCGUUUUGUAAAAUUUCGCUUGGUAGCUGAAACAAUAUUUUUAUGAUAUUAUAGUUCAUUACGCUCGGAAGAACAUGAUCAGAGCUAGGGUACCGCCGUACCAGUUUACAUAC